AUGGCAGUCGAGGUCAGUGCCAUUUGCCUGCCCAGCGCAGGGCUGGAAUUGGAUCAGGAGUCCUUGCGCGUGGACGCUUCUGCAGCCUUGCCUCUUCACCUCAACGGUGAAUACUUCGGGCCGGUUGAGGUGAGCCGCAGUGGGUUCCUCUACAAGCAGGUUGGCGCCGGCUCUCGCUGUACAGACUCAGCCGGAGGGCCAUACAGCAGGCUGCAGCCAGCCUAUGCCUUCGGACUUGGUGAGUGCAUGGACUCGUGCAAUGCGUUCGCGCUUGGCACAUGCCAUGGCGUUGGUUUCCAAGACUCUGUGGGCUGUGUCCUCUACCUUGAGGCUGGUGCCGGCAGCAGUGAUGCCCCGGGCCUGAACCGCCAGGUUUGGACACUCAUCAACGGCACGGGGACUGGUCCUGUUGCCGCUUCGCAAAUGGGUCUGGACGGGCAAGGCGGUGCAUGCUACCGUCGACAGCUUGAUGCAGCCUGCUAUCCACCUGGACGUGUCCGAAAGAUUGUGUGGGAGGGUUGCCGCUGUCUAACCCAUUGGGCCCUGGAGCUGGAUGACGCCUCGUUCGAGUCGCCGUCGCAAGUGGCGGGUCGCAACUGGAGAAACUGCGCUGGAGAAGCGCACUUGGAUGGGGACGAGUACAUACUCGGGAUGACGCAGUACGGAGGUGGAUACUGCAACUUCUACGGCGGCUGGGGUCGAAGGUUUGAUUUCUUCACCAACAAGCGUACAGUGAAUGUGAAGGCACCAGGAAAGCCGCAGCUGCACGUCAAAUCUGAGAUCGCUCGACGAGCUGUGACGGUGAGCCGAACGAAGGAAGGCGGGAAGUUCUUCCUCUUCCACAAGGCAGAGUGGCUGAGCAUCUUCGGCCUGCUUCCGAGCCAGGCUCCAGUCAAGACUCGGGUGAAGCAACUUCGCCAGACCGAGAUCAUCUGGGAGGGAGAGGUGGUCGUCUGGGGCAACUCGAACGGCCUGCACGGACGACGAUCACGCGAAGGUGAGCCUGGUCAGUGGCAGCUGAACGAUCUGCUUGUACCUUUUGCCGGCCCGGAUGCUGGUGCAAUCGACUUUCUGCUCUCCAACAGGGCUUCUGCAGCUGUGGUGGGCAGCUUCCUGGCCGGUGUUGCGGAGAAGGACAGGAAGUCCUCGACGAAGGAAGGGGUGGUGAAUCUGGAAGAGAAGGUGCAGUUCUCCAUGCGCCUGCAGCCCGGCAAGCAGAUUCUCGGACCCUUUGUAGGUCCGGUGGCGGGGCUGUACCCCGAGGGCCGGGUCACCCAGGUCGGUUUGGCGGAUGUUUGCUUUCCCGAACCUCCUGUUGCUCUCAGAAACGAAACAGCGGGAAACAAGUCGGAUGAAGUGCCUCACGCGAAAUCUGUUGUGACACCUAGCUGCGGCGGCACGGGAGGUGGAGCUGCCUGCAAAUUCCCGUUUGAGUUCAACGGAAAGACCUACGAGACCUGUACCAAAGAGGGUCACGAUCGGCCAUGGUGUUUCACCGUGGCAGGAGACAAUACGUGGGGAAACUGCGACUGCGCUGCAUCGCUCAUUUCUCUGGGAUCCGCCACGUCUACGUCGGUGGCAGCAAAGAAGACGAGAGGAGCCUCAGGUGGCAAGUCCUUCGAGUAUGCUCUGUUGACAACCUCGACCAGGAGCGCUGAUUCCGGCUACAGCAGCUGCUGGGACAUUGGUGAAAUCCAGUUCUUCUCGGACCGCAUGUGCCGGAACCAGAUAACCGUGAACUCGAGAUCCAUCUCUGUCAGCACUUACGAGGACGGCCUCCAAAGCCACGAAUACCAGGAGAUCUCCAAAGACAUGCUCUGCCGAGCAGGGGCAGAUGGGCAGUGGUACCUAGGAGGCCGAAGAUCAGCCAGAGGAGGACUCUACGACAGCCUGGAUGCCUGCAAGGAUCUCUGCACCACUGAGAGGAGCUGCACAUUUUUCGGAUAUCGAGCAAAGGAUGGCAGAUGUGAGUUCUUCACCGCCUUCGGUGACUGCGAGAACAAGAUGGGAGGAGCACCGGGCUUCGCCAUGUACAAGAAGUUGAAACCCCUUCAGACAGCCACGGCACACGAGGUCAGCUGUGCGAAGAUGGCACUGUUACCCGUCAAGAAGGGCUCCAUGGAAGCCAGGUGCCGAAGCGGGAACGAUCUUGGUGACGGCUUUGAGUACAUCUUCAAUGUGGGUGCAGGCACUUCUGCUGCGGCCUGCGGCGAAGCGUCUACGUGCGAGUGUUGCAUGCGCCCGAAGAAAGCAGAGGAUGGGCCUUGGCCAGUGGCCUCGAAGAGCAACACACACUGCAAAGUCUUCGAUGUGACAGCGAAGGUCGCUGUCAACAACAUGGGGGAGUGUCAGAGCAAGGCCGUCGAUGCCGGGCACGCCUUCUUCUCCCUCUUCGAUGUCGGCGGCCCAAGCGGCCGGAAGGAGUGUUUGACCUCAGCGACCUGCACUUUGGUCCAGGAGGCACGCGGCUGGCGAGUCUACGGUCGGCAUCCAGCGGGACAGCAAGAAGCCUUCGGCCGUGGGAGUGCUGCACUGGGUAUCGCACAAGGUGUGUCAGAAUGGACAGAGAUUGCGGAGCCGAGCCUGGCCAUCUCCAAGCUGGUCGAUGGCCUCGAUGUGACGCCCCUGCGUGCCUGGGGCCGGCAAGCCGUGUGGGUACGAGCCGAGGUGCCCGGCGAAGUGGGCUGCAUCAAGGUCUUCCAGAGCGCGGCAGAGCUCUCUGGCUGCCGUCCCUCUGCCGCGGUGCAGGUGAAGCGCCGCGCGGGGCCAGGUGCUGCGUGGAUGCGCUUGGCUACAGCAGUUUGGCCGAGCACUUCACCAAGCUGGAUACGAAUUGGCCUCGCAGACUCCCAGUGCGUGGGGACCAAGAACAGGGAGCUGCCUCGCGGCUUCUCGGCUCCCUCGAAGGUUCCUGUUCUGGCACCCCUCUCCAUCGCCGACAUCUUCCGGGGCGCUGCCGCAGGGGAUUGGGGCCCUGCAGCAGAAGGCAAGCAUUUCAUUGCGGUCACCACGUACCCGAAGAAGGACGGCUCGCAGGGAUUGCGGGUUCUCUUCGGCGACAGGUAUCCCCACACGGCACCGGCGGUGAACCUUCCGCCGUCAGACUGCCAGUUUGGUGGAGGUUUUGGCACCGGCUCGAUGCCCCUGCUGCAGGCCAGGAAGACGAGGCAGGUGAGCUGGCCCGGAGCUACCUGGAAGAUCUACGAGGGACCGAUGACUGUCUCGAUCGACUUCGGGCACAGCGAUGAGAAUGUGAAAUGUGUUGACCCUGACGAGGCUGCAGCAUGUGAUGCGGAGGCUGGCAACCACCGCGGAGACGACUUCCCGGACCGCUUCACCAUCUUCGAAAUGGAUGGUCAAGUUUGUGCCAAACGUGGAGACGAGCCAAAUGCCUCAUGGACCUCGGAGCUGCAUCUCAUCAUCUCGUGCAAGUCCGCCUCCGAGGCUGCGCGUGCACCUAUCGCGGAGGUCGGGCAGCUGCUUGGGAGCCCGGGAAGCUCCCUCAACUGCACCGCAUCUGACACACCGGCUUUCUGCUCAGCAGAGGCUGGAGAUGACCGCUACGACGCUUUCCCUGCGAAAUACCUCACAUACUCCACAGGAAGUGAGGUCUGCACCGUUGCCACUCAAAGUCCGGUGCCAGCCCAGCUGGCAACCUCCUGCAUGGCACCGGGACUUGCAGCUGUCAAGGAUGUUCGGACUGCAGUGGUGAUCGGCUCCGGCGUUGAUGACUUGAACCAGAAGUGCACCAUGCCACCGAUGCCGGUGGCCUGCGAUCGCGAGGCAGCAACGCAUCGGAAGGAUCCGUUCAGCCAUCGAUUUGAUGUUGUUCCUUUACCAGGGGGCCAGAUCUGUGCCGUCCUCACCCAUGCAGCGCCGGAUUCGGCAAAGAGGGCUGGUCCAAUGCUGCUUGCUGAGGGCAGCCAGGGUUCAGGCAAAACCGUCGCUGGCAACCGCUGGCUCCAGGGCCGGAAGACCUUCAGUGGUGUUCGUGGAUCACAGGAGAUGUGUGGACCAGGUGAUUCAAGCGGCACCUACCUCAUCAGAAUCUUUAUAGAGCAAGGAGCCCGUCAUCAGGUUGGAGUUGCCAGCCGUGCAUGCUGCGAUCAAUCGACGCAGUCAGGGAAUGGUACGCAACUGCGGAAAAACUUCGCUGCGCUCGCUUCGGCGCCCCGGGGCUGGGAGGCCCAGAGAGGGGCUGCGACACCGGCGGAGGAGCCUGGAGUGAGUUGGUUUGGCGGUUCCUGGGAUGGGCCGCGGGCAGUGACAAUGGUAGUCUCUUGCCUGAAGCGCUCCUUCACCCUGGGCCUGGAUGGCGGCGAUGACUUUCUGGGGGAGAUGCUUUGGCCAGAUACCUGGGGUGGUGUCUAUACCUUCGUCGGUGGAAUCGAUGGGGACCACAUUUACCGAGUCGAGUGGGCUGCUGCAGCCUUCGAAAGCCAGUUCCGCUGCGCCGAGCUCCCGACUGAGCAGGGCAGCGACGCCGAGCGUUGCCUCCGUGGCAACGAGCUGGGAGAUGGCCAGGAGUACGCCUUCAAUCUGGGCGAGUCGCCCAAUGCACUGUGCAGUGGAGGCUGCGCUUGCUGCUCGAGGAAGGCUGUUAAGGGGCUGGGGCCCAUGAUUCGAGCGCUGGACAGCUUUGACUUCGUCGGAAACGGCUAUUGGUCUAACUUCAGGGAUGGCUUCUCCAGAAUCGGCAUGGAAUACUACCUGCCGGUGGAUGCGCCGGGCUGCGAAAGCUGUGCCAGGGAAUGCCUGAACUAUCCGGACGAUGCUUGCGUCGCAUUUAACACAGACGGUGGCGACUGCUCCAAUGCUGCGAACUGCAUGGUCUACACGGAGCUGGGCACGCCCUACUCCCACGAGAUCACGCGAGCCUUCACCCGGAAGCCAGCCUCCGUGACGACCACGGCCGGCCCGACGACCGUCACCACCACGAAGGCCUGGGACUUCGAGCUGGCUCUCAGCUGCAGCCCACAGCGAGACAAGGUGGCCUUCUACAGCGUCGGCUCGGGGACUUGCCAGGAUGCCCAGGGGCGCGAGGCAACCGCUGCCUCGCGACCGCUGAGCACAAGAGCAGGCUGCGAGGCACAUUGCGAGGAGAUGUCUGAAUGCCUUGGCUACUUCCUCCAACCAGAGCUCUGUACUCUGUACCUGUCCUCAAACUUGGACAUCCCAGAUGGUUGGAGCUUGGAAGCCAACGUGGAUUCCACCAUAGUCGACAUCGUGCAAGGUUCUGGCACGCCAGCGGAUGCGAACUGCAUGAAGAAAGGCUUGCAUUACUGUGGAUGGACACCCAAGCCUUCAACUGGAACUCCCUUGAACUGCGGUCUGGACUCACCUGACGGAGACGGAUGCAGCCACAGUUCAUGCAUCGACGUCCUGGCAUGCCAGGCGGCUUGCGAUCGCUGCACAGGAUGCGUGGGCUUUUCCUACCAGGCCUUGUCGGACUCCGGCGUCCGCUGCUACAUGAAGAGCAGCUGGGACCACUCUGGAAGAGACUUUGUAUCCUUGGCGCCCGACUCUGCGAGCUGGCAGUCUUACGUCAAUGCCCGACACGGAGCUUGUGCCGCGACCCAGAGAACGGUGCACUACUGUGGCUGGACGAAGCAAAUCGCGCGGUCUGCUGUUCCAGUGGACUGUGGCCUCCAGUCACCGGGCGGAGAGGGCUGCAGCACCGAAGCGUGUCCGGACUUGGCAUCCUGCAAGGCUGGGGAGUUCGUCCUGCAGAAUCAGCGGAAGCUUCUUGUCCAGCUCUGUGGCCGGGGCGACUUCCUGCGACGUUGGCGUCGCGUGCAGCUCGUGCGGGAGGCCCUGGCAGAAACGGCCGAGUGCGAAGGCUGCCAGAAACUACAUGCCGAAGGCCGAAAGAAAAAGUUCAAGGAUCCCUUUUCUGCUGUCCUUUCGGUCGAGCACCACUUCCAUGAGCCCGAGGAAUGUGGCCGCCUCGGUGUCCUUGUGCAUGCCGUGGCGAACCAGCAGCAUCUUCUGAAUGCGAGCUGGUAUUUCGAAGCUGCCGACUACUUGUGGAAGGUCCUGGUCGAGGCUGGGGAGGUGCCGAAUGCUGGAGACCUGAAGGAGGGUUCCAAGGAGUUGCGCGACGAGAAGUGCGUGCGUCUCUGUGAGGUGGUCGAUGUGGUUGCUGCUGCCGUCGGUAUCCGUGCAUACCAUCGAGGAAUGGGCGAACCAGGUCCAGAGUUGCCAUCCAUGCCUGAGAAGGACGAGAUGCCCUACUUUGAACGAGUCACGGAUAUCUGCUCCUCCGGCCUUUCCUUUGACAGUAGCGGCUGGGGUCCGCGACUGGAGGACAAGGACAUCAAGGUCGACGUCUACGAGAAGAUGGGUCUGGUCAAGUCCGCGUCCGUGAAGAGCAUCACGAGUGCUUACGCUCCGGGCAGCAAGUGGGAGCCUGCAGUGACCACAUCAUAUGACUGGUUCACAUGGUCGCAGACUGCUUAUCCGCCGAACGUGGACUUCUUCCGCCUGCUGGGCAGUUUCGAGAAAGAAGGCGCAUCGAUCAGCAGAGCAGACAUGGAGAGUAUUGCAUCUGCCUACACGGCCGCCGAUUUUAUCCUGACCUUUGGAGGCGAACUCCACAAGGAGAUUGGCCUUAUGGUGGCGCUGGGACGAGCUUUGGGCAACGAACGCUUGCCGGCAGAGCCAGGCAAGCCUUCACCACGCGAGGAAGUCGACCGUUGCGCGGCAGAGCUCAAGAUGGCUGUUGGUGACGACGUCGCAGCCAACGCCGCAGCAGUCGCGGCGAUGUUUGCCGCGAUCACUAUCCCAGUGGAUGCGAGCGGCCACAGCAGCCCGGAGUUGGCUCGCUUGCAGCCGGUGAUGAACCGGAUUGUGCGCUGGGCCAACUACACCAAGGCUUGCAGCGAAAGGGUUCGACAAGGUCGCGGGUGCAUUGGCUUCGAGAUCAUGGAGCAAGGAAACGGCGGAUACAGGUGCUGGAUGAGGUCUGCGUGGGAACAUGACACGGACUACCAGUCCAGCAAUCCGGACAACUCCUCGUGGCAUCCCUACGUCAACGAAAGAGAUGACCUUUGCAACCAGGAUCCGAGCCUGCAGCAGUUGCGCGGCCAAGUUCUCAAACACGUGGAGGGUAUGCCCGGACAGAAGGAGGAGGGAGAUGAGCGAGCUUCAACAUGCUUGCGGUCCCAGAUUGACCUUGAGACGCUUCCACGCGGGGCGUACACGCUCUACGCAGAAGUAAAGCUUCAAGAUGCAGCCGGCGGUCAAGUUAUCACCUGGGGCGCAAACGGAGACGAGGGCCGUGCUGCCUCGCCUUGCCUGAAGGCCCGCUAUUGGGGCCUGGCUGCCGUUGAGGCUUCUGCGAAUGGCUACUAUGAGCCAUUCUAUUUGGACUUCUUCGAAUCAGCGGAUGGCACCGGUGAGUCGUUGCCAGCUGAUGAGGUUUACAUCCAAGGCCUCGUCAGCCCUGGUGUGCAGAUAACACAAAGCAAUCGAGGGCGACAUUUUCUUCAGUACAAGCCCAACCAGCAGAACUGGGGUGUGUCAUGGACGGAGCAUCAAGUUCCAUUGAUCUACCGUGACCUGGGAAGCGCAAAGGUCAUCCGCUCUGCGCGACACGCAGCGCGUCCAAACCACGUUCCACAGGAGGCUGUAAUCGUUGCCAGCAACGAUGGCAUCGUUUGGUAUGCCAGGUUCCGUGCAACUGGCGAUUCAGCCCGCGAGCUGAUAAACCAACCGGUGCAGUGUAAGGACCCUCUGUUCGUCCCCGAGCCCGAGGAGGGUUCCGAAGACGAGGUUUUGCCCAUGCGAAAGCACAUGUUGGUGGUCGGUGGAGAUUCGGUGAAGAGCUUUUGGGGCAGGAACCCAUUUGAGGCUAAGCUCAACAAGUCUUUGGUCGACGAGAAGUGGCACAGCAUCAUGUCAACGUUUGAUGGAGUCACCCAAAAGCUGUGGGUCGACCAUGCUCUGCUUGCAAUCAAGCAGGCCAAAAACUUCCUGAGUGUUCUUCAGACCUCCAACUUCUGUGUUGGCUCUCGUGAAGAUGGUGAAAAGGCGUUCCCUGGAGAGCUCCGGAACGUGCAGAUCUUCUCGGAGGCCAAGAUGCCAGGCUCCAUUCAGGCCGACAUGAAUCUGGCGGUCGUAGGAACGGCCAGCAUGAGCUCUUCGCUGAAUGUUGGAACCGAAGGCGCCCUCAACGAUGGCUCCUUGGGCUCACGCGCGAUCUCUGUGGACGAGAAGAGUCCCUGGGCACAGGUGGACCUCGGCAGUCCCAUGCCUGUUGGAAGGAUCCAGAUCGAGAAUGCAGACGCCGACCAGUGCGCUUCCAGGCUCUUCCUCGGAACCGAAUGCAGUUGGGACUAUGACAUUGGCAACUACUCCGCUGCAGAUCAAGGGGCGAACAUUGGAAUCAGCAUGACGCCGUGUGAAGGUGACAUUUGCCGCGGGGUCAUCUGCACACGGAUUACCGGCAGCAACCAAAAUGGCACCGGACAAACCUAUGCUGGAGAUUGCCAGGGGCGCUAUGGCCGCUACGUCUAUGUGCAGCUUCCUGGGGCAAGUCGCACUCUCGACGUGCGGGAGCUCCGGGUCUUCAAGGCUAGCAGUGCGGCCACCGUCGGCGAGACCGUUCUCUGUGCGGACCGCAGUACAUCCUGCGCUGGAGAUGUUUGCUGUCCAGGCUUUGAGGCUACGGGCUUCAAGACUUACCCUUGCCCUUCGGCCCACGACACCUUCAUGAAGUGCCAGAUCAAGACGAAGGUUGCCAAUGCAUUGGCCAACGUGUCCCGUCAAGAUUCUGAUGAUCAGCUUGAGGAGAACCUCACCCUGAACGCCACGGUUGCUGCUGCACCGGAGGGCAGGCGCAUCUUCGUGCCCAUGGAUGGUGGUGUCGGCCGCGCCUGUCGUGGGGCACACCGGGAAGACUGGCGAGGCUCCUACGUGGUAAAGCAUCGAGGCCGAAGCCUGGAAAUGUGCAAGCUCAUCUGCAGGAGCCAUCCCCUCUGCCAAGGCAUUGAGUACAACGAUGAUUGUGAGAUGUGGGUCCGCGCAGAGGGAAUCGGUUCUUCGGUGGCCUACGAGGGCCCAGCUCGCUUCUCCACCUGCCUGCGCUUGCUCCCGCAGGAUCUGGCCCCGGAGACACGCUUCACCAGCCAGCAGGGCCGGAAGUGCCGAACGAAGCCUUACACCAUGGACCAGGCCGCAGGAUGCAACGGGUGGAAAGGACUGACAAUCGAAGGCUGCAAGGACAAGUGUCGCAUGAACAGCAUUGCCGAGAAGUGUCCGGCGAAGCUUUGCGCAGCGGCAGUUUUCUUCACGAACUCGGGCUUCUGUCACCUCUACGACGAGUGUGAAGAGACGGAGCCAGACCGGAGCGCUCUGCUUCUCCACCGGGAGGUCACGGCUUUGCAAACCUGGCCUGGGCUUGUCGUGAAGGGCGAGGAGUGCAACCCGAACCCUGGCAUGUUCGACUUCGGCGCUGGCCCUCAGUCGUUCAGCAUCCUGGCCCAGCUGUCGAACGUCAAGCUGAAGAAAAUCCAAGGACAAGUGCAGGGCCCCAUCCUGAGCAAACUCAGCACAGGACGAGGCAAGCGCUACUGGCCCGAUGCCUACGGAUGGGAGUUCGGCGUCAUCUACGACAAGAAGUGCAGAUGCCGACUGCUGCGCUUUCUCCUCCGCACAGCCUCCGGGCACACGUUUUACGGGUACGGCAAGACCCCGCUGACAGGGGCAGAGGUGGAAGUUGCAAUGUCUUUCGAUGCCAAGGAUUUCACCACCACUAUGUGGGUCAAUGGCAAGGAGGAGAAAGUUGCACAGCGACCUCAGUGGUAUCGUACCCGCUUUGCCGGUGAUUUCUCCUCGCGUGCAAAGCUAACGAUCGGCCGCCGAUUUGGUGGCUCCCGGCUCUUCGACGGCCAGCUCUUCAACGUGGUUCUCUACCGUGGCGUGCUGGAGGACAAGGACUUUGGUGUGGAGGUCACCACCCUGAAGUAUCAGUUCGUUGGAGUUGGAAGGACGCUUAGCGAUGACUGGAUCCAGGUGCGGACGUCUCUGCUAGAAGAGGAGGCCGACUCCGGCAUCUUCGGUGUCGCGGAAGGUGGCAAUUGGAGCGAGGCUGUGCCGUGCAAGGGUUGCAGCCGCUACACUGAACACCGCGUUGGUGGAGUUUGCCAGUAUGACAAGUCCAAGACCACGUGUGCAGUCUGCAUGCCGCCGCAUGAAGGAGUCUUCAACUGCCAAUGCGGCCGGCGCUUUCCACACACCUGCGCCCCCUGUGGCAAAGAAGAGCUGUGCUCGUCCUUGGCAAAUGAGCCUCCGCUGGAGCUGGGACGCGCCACGAUGAAUGGCGUCAGCUUUCAGCUCAACUGUCAGUCCUCCGGAACUGUGCAGCUGCAGGCGCAAGUGGUGGCACCUUACGGUGGCUCAGACGUGUUCUACCUCUCCAUGGGUAGCUGCCCGUCAUGGAGGUGGUUCCUGCAUUCGGGCUGGGGGACGAACUGCGCUGAGGACGACAGCUGUGCGUAUCAAGAAGAGCCACGCUGGACCGUGAAGUCGGAUCCGUGUAAGCUGCGAGAGGGAAAACAUUUUGUCACCUUUCGACCCUCGCAUCCCGGUGACAUCAAAUUGACGAGGCUGCGCCUGACAAGUGGCUCAGAUUUUUGCACGUUUGAGCCACUUCCACCUGCCAGCACUACGACAACCACGACCUACACGACUCCACCGUACUUGCAAGGCGCUUGCCCAUCCGAAGCAGAAGAAGCCACCGAUUUCAACAACUGCCCUUUCCGAUACUAUGUGUUGGAAGUGCUUUCCACCGCCGGGGACGAGGCCGCGUGGAAAAUCGGCGAGUUGCGGCUCUACUACCUCAAUGCCAGGGGACGACUUCGGAAGUUCCCAAGCUCAGAUGUGCGCGCAGAGCUCGUCCAGGACGAUGCCGAGACGCGAGGCUGCGAAGCGAGCAACGCCUCGAAUGCCUUUGACCUGUCUGUCUUCAGCGGCCUGUGCUCGCCGAGCCCGAUGAUCAAGCUGAGAUUGGAUCUGGGCCGGGGUGUCUCCAUCGCCAAGUAUACGGUCAUCAGCGCCAAUGCCUCCAGCUCCUUCGAUCCGAAGUCGUGGAGGUUAUGGGGUUCAGUUGAUGGGGCAACAGCGAGCGACAUGACAUCGCUUUCCACGGCAGUGAAGCUCAGCGACGUGUCCCAGGCGUACUUCCCAUCUGCUCGCUGGAUGUGUGAUCCUCCGUGGGGUGUUCCACGAAAGCGAGGCUACCACUGCAUGGCCACAACGACGACGACGACAACGGAGGUGGAGCAAGAGAUCAUUCCGACCACGACGACCACCACUGCUAUGAUCAAGAAAGAUCGGUGCUUUUACAGAUACUAUGCCCUGCAAGUGCUGCAGGCCAACGACGCGAAGGCGACAAGCUGGCAAUUGGCAGAGUUGGAGCUCAGGCAGAAUGGCAAGGCCUUGCUGUUGCCAAAGUCGCGAGGGUCAGCUUGGUUCGUCCACGGCCGUGCGAGAAGGCCCGGGACAGUUCUUGAUGACGGCACGGAGGCUUUCAACGUCUUGGACGGAAAUCUGGCAACCGUGGCACAGCCGGAUGGCGCCUUCUCUGCGAACUACACAUCCGUGCAACUGGCUUUCGGCCAGCGUGUUCGCGUGGCACGGAGUAGUUCCACGUUCGAUUAUGCAGAAGCACAUUUCUGCAUGGACGCGGAUGAGGAUACUCGUUGCAGCACUGCCUGGAACGGAGGUUCAGGCGAGCUGAACCCGUGGUGGCAAGUGGACCUCGGAAUCCGCGAGGCUGUGGAGAUUGUCGCGUUGCUGAGCCAUCCUGACGGUUGUGAAGCACGCUAUGGCGUAGACGUUGGAGACAAGUGCACGCCCACUGGCGCCGUCGUCAGCGUCAGCGACGUGUCCUGCACAGGCCACACUUGUCCCGGUGAGCCCUGCGGCAAGUUGGAGGUCACAGGCAAGGACAACUGGUACUAUGUCUCCUGCGAAGGCAAAGUGGGCCGCUACGUGCAAGUGCAGCUGAAGGGCCAGCGAGUCCUCAACUUCCGUGAGUUCCGACUUCUCGACAAGGACAUGGUGACUGAUGUGGAUCUACCGGAACCUUCACAGAAGGCGGCCAUGGACUAUUUCGUCCGAGCAGACCGUAAUGGCUACUAUGACACUCGGUGUCAUGAGAACCUUGCCAGCACCAUCCGCGGCUCCAGCCCGAAGAAGUUGGAGGAGUGCGCACAAGCAUGCCUCAAUCACGGAGACUGCGGAGGUUUCUCUGACUACAGUGGUAUGGCCUGUGUCAUCAUGACGAAGUCGAAGGCCUCGCUGGAACAGCGAUGUGCGUGGACGGAUGAUGACAAGGCAUCAUACUACGAGCGCCAAGAGGAGGUCGCCGUCACCACCACCACGACGACCACGACCGGCGUGGACACUUCCAUUGUAGAGGCCGGCUGGGAGGGCAGCAGUGACAGUGGGCGGCUGGCUGCGAAGCUAAUCGUGGACCUGGGCGAGCAGAACUUCUUGACCGAGUACGCGAUCGUCUCAGGCUCCGGUCCUGACGGCACCCACCCAAAGAAGUGGAUCCUCAAGGGAUCCAAUGAUGCCACUGCGCCCAUGGAUGAGUGGGACGAGUUGAGCAAGCACGAUUCCGACGAGCCUUCGUUCCCACCCGGAGAGCCAGGACGGCGGAAGCCGCUGCUGCUCUCAGUUGCGUGCCCGGCCGACGGCGGAUGA